AUGAUGGCCGCUCUGGUAUUGCCCACCAGGCUAGCGCCGCUGGACUACGACAUGUCCAAGCGCCUUGCUCCGCAUCCGACGGAGCGCAAGAAGCGGUGGGCCACCAAGGUCAAGACUGGGUGCGCCACUUGCAGAGCCCGCAGGGUCAAAUGCGACGAGGCCAAGCCCAACUGCAGGCGAUGCCUGUCGGUAGGACGCGCAUGCGGCGGCUACACGGCCCCGCUGGUGCCGUCGAAAAAGACACCGUCGCCGACCCCGCCGGCGACGCCGACGACGACGACGACGCCGACGUCGACCUGGUCGGUCCUCCAGCCGAGCGGGCUGCCCGUCCUGCCCGUCUACGCGCACUCGAGCCCCGAGGAGGAGCAAAUGUUCCACCUGCUGUGCACCGAAGCCGCCCUCAAGGUCGCCGGCGACUUUGACCGCGGAUUCUGGUCCGUCGACGUGCCCAGGGCGACGCAGACGUACCCGGCCAUCUGGCACGCCAGCGCCUCCCUCGCCGCCGUGUACAAGCGCGUCCAGCAUCAGGGCAGCAGCCCCGAGGCGGUGCAGCUCUACAAGUUCUCCCUCGACCAGUACAACAAGUCGAUCAAGGCGCUCGUGUCCAUCGACCCCCAGCACGCCGAGCUGAGCUACGAGGACCAGGAGACGCUGCUCCUCGCCAGCGUCCUCUUCACCAGCAUCUGCAUCCUCCAGUGCGACCAGGAGACGUCCAAGGUGCACAUUGACAACGGCAUCCAGCUGUUCAACAAGUGGCGCUUCUGGGAGCACGCCGCCAACGCCGCCGCCGCCGGCACCGCCACCACCACCUCCAUCACGACCGCCGCCGCCGCCGCCGGCAGGUCGACCAAGGCGACGACCCAGCUGUCCACCGCCGACUCGCUCGUCGCCCUCUUCACCCGCUUCGAGCUGCAGUCCUCCCUGGCCACCCCGCCCAAGCCGUACUGGCAGACCGUCAGCUUCGACAAGCGCCACGCCGUCGGCAGCGCCUUCUCCUCGGCCACCGACGCCUACUACGAGCAGCAGCAGCUCUUCAACAACCUCAUCAAGGUGUACCGCACCGACGUCGUCGACCGCAUCAUGGGCAAGCCCGGCCCCAGCCCGGACAGGCGCCUGCCCUUCCGCUACCAGUACCGCCGCUGGAAGAGCCGGUUCCAGGGCCUGCGCGACGUGGACCAGAGGGCCCGGCUCAUCCUGCAGAUGUACUCGUACGCCAUCGAGAUCAUCCUCUACGUGGACCCCGCCGAGGCCGAGCUGGGCUGGGACCGCUACACCUACGCCUUCUGGCGCAUCUUUGCCCUCGGCAAGGCCCUCUUUGACCAGGAGACGAACCCGGCCGCCAGGGACGACGGCGCCGUCACCCUGUUUUCCUUUUCCCCCGUCUCGUGCCACCCCUUCCUGGGCAUCGGCACCCUGUGCAGGGACGGCGCGCUGCGCCGCCGCUCCGCCGACCUGCUGAGGCGCUGGCCCCUGCGGGACGGCAUGGUCAACUACAAGAUUGCCGCCGCCAACCUGCAGGCCAUCAUGACGUACGAGGAGUCGCACGCCAACCAGCCGGACCCGUGCCAGGACUGCGUCGACACCCCGCAGACGCACGUGUGCGGCGACCACCGCGUCAUCUACCGCGAAGUGGAGCACAUUGGCGACGGGGAGGGACGGCUCGCCAUGACGACGGUGGGCGACGUCAAGCAUGGCCGACCGGGAAAGUCUGUCGCGGUGACGUGGUGA